AUGAAGACCCUCUCUAUGCUCCUCAUGACCGCUGGCCUGGUGUCGGCCGUCGCCGUCGACCUCCACCCGGCCGCCCAGCGCCGCUCCGAGCACGCUAUCCGCGAGUUCAAGGUCAUCAAUGCGGCCCCAGCAGCAGCACCCGGUGCCCCCGAGGAGCCAGCCGCCACCGAGAACGCAGCCGCUGAGGAGACAGCCGCCCCCGAAGAGACCCCCGCCGAGGAAGAGGAGGCCGUGGAGGUCACUGAGACUCCCGCCGAGGCCGAGGAGACUCCCGCUGAGGCUGAGGAGACUCCCGCCGAGACUGAGGCACCCGCUGAGACCGAGGCACCCGCUGAGGAGGAGAACCAAGAGGAGAACCGUGGUGAGGAAGACAACGAAGACAACAACCUUGGCGGCGAGAUCGAGAACAUUGUCGCCAAGAUGGGCAUGCAGGACGUCAUCCAACUCGGAAACAUCCGCGAGGCCAGCUUUGCCGACCAGAUCAUCAUCCUCAUCCAGCUCCAGCAGAUCCAGACCCUCCAGAUCUUCAACCUCGUCAGCCGCAACGAUAUCAUCAUCAUCCUCGUCAACGGCGGCAUGAAGUUUGGUGCCGGCGUCAAGAUCAUUGACGGUGGACGUGGCGGAGACGGUCGUGGCGGAGACGGUCGUGAUGGUCGCCAGGGCGGAGACGGUCGCCAGGGAGACGGUCGCCAGCAGGGCCAGGGUGGUUUCCAGGUAAUCUCCGGCGGCUUCAAGCACGUCAUCCGUGCUUAAAUGGGGACGCAUUUAGAUGCGAGCGCAGGAACUGGGGUCCAUACGCGAGGGUUUGGGAUACUUGGGACGGCGUAAGGCUGGAAGGCAGUGCCUACAGGAGCAGCCGG